GGCUGUGGGUGUGUCUUAUCACUUGCGGUUUCAUUCAUAACUACAAUCGGCAUUUGAAGCCCAAAUUAAACUAUGCUGGGCAGGCUAUCACUAUUGGCGUGUGAUUGACAGCGUCUCCAAAUGGGACCACAUGAAGAACCCUAGAAUAAGGGUUAAUUAUUUCCGACCUGGACCAUGAGCAAUGACUUGCCUGUACUGACAAGCCUGACGGAGAACUCCACCGAGCUGCCAGUGUCAGCAGAGCGGGUGGAGAACUAUGUGCUCCUGCUGAUCUUGCUGUGUGUGUUCGCUGGGGGCACUCUAAUCCUGCUCUCCUUGUUGUCGCUGUUCUGUCACCGCUGCUGUGUGGGCGGCCGCCGCAACUCCAGGGCCAGUGAUGAUCCAGAGAAGACUAAUACCACCUAUGUGGAAGAUUCAUUGCCCACGCAAGACAUCACCAUCCAGUUGGAUGAGUCAGAUGCUCUCUCUGCGUCUAGCUGCCAUGAUGAAGAGACCGACAGGUUCAUGUCCACCUGCUCUACUGGACGCCGCGUCUCCUUCAAUGAGUCAGCACUAUACAAAAAGGAGAGCCAGACUCAGGACAAAGGACGCAGGUACACCCUUACAAACGGGGACUUCCAUCACCUGAAGAAGGCCCGUCUGACCCACCUGCACCUGGCCCCCCCACCCUCCACCCCAAAGAUCCUCAGCAUCAUGGAGUGUGAGUCUACAGAGAUCAGCAGCCUUAACGUCAACAAACCACCUGCUUCCAAACUCGCCCUCUACCAGUGUUCAGAGAGGGCUGUGCCCACCUGGUUGGGCCAGAGCUCUAGUGGUGCCCUCCCUGGAGACACCCACCACUACAUUCUAUUGGACCCCAGACUCAGCCACAGUCCGCCAAUCUUGUGCCCCCCGACCCCCUCCUCUAGAACUGCGGAGGCUGUAGGGGACGGGGAAUGGGUCAGGAUGGAAGGAGAGCGAGAGAGGGGGGUGAGAGGAGUGAGGGGAACGUUUCUGGUCCCCGGCCACCAGGGUUCCGUUCUGCAGUUUCUCUGCAAACUGAGACGUCACGCAAGCUUGGAGGGGGCAGGGCCUUACUUCAGGAAGUGGAAGUUUGACAGCAGCCAUCGUGCCACCAGUCUAGACGCCAAAGGCUCUCCUAAGAGGCGUCCGUUCCAGAGACAGAGAGCAGCCAGUGAGAACACAGACCCAACUGAAGAGGACUCACCACCUCUUCACCCUUCACCCCCUCUCCGACAUGACAUCACCCAGCCCCUCCCCCCCACACACAGCCAGAUCAGCAGCCUCCAGUAUCUCUCUGCGCGGUCUCUAUCUCCCCCCACCUGCCCACCCUCACCCUCCCUCGGCAGGCUAGAGGGGGAGACGGUGGUGGAGGCUGCCAGCAGAGGUAGGAGAGGGAGAGACGUGACUCACCCACCACCAGAGCCCCCUGAGGCCCAGGGGAGAGAGGAGGAGCCUGUGGAGAUGACAGAGACAGGAUUAUUGAGAGAAGCUGGGACAGAGAAAGAGGCAAGGUCAUGGGCAGAAGUUGGGGCAGUGACAAGAACAGAAGCAGGAGAGGAGUUCAAAGUACGGGUUGGGUCAGGAGAAGAGUCAGAGGAAUGGGCAUAUAUUUUAGGGUCAGAACAAAGGGUGGGUAAUGGAGCAGAGAUAAUGGUAUGGGAAGGUCUGGGAACAGAUGAAGCCCAAGAGGAAGGAGAAAGGUUCCAGGUAGAGCAAGAAGCUGAGACAAGGAUAAAGGCAAGGACUGUGGAUGGAUUGGGGGCCACUUCAAAGGCAGAAGCAGGAAUGGGUGUAAGAGCCAAGACAGGUGUGGGGGCUGUUCUGGGAACAGAAAAAGAGACCGAGACAGGAGCCAGGUUAGAGUCAGUGAUAGAGGUGGGGGCCACACCAGGGGCUGAAUUUGAAGUGGAGGUAGGGCUAGGGGCAUCAGUGGUGAGGAUCAAGGCAGAUUUAGGAUCAGGAUUAGAAGGGUUUCUAGGUGCUGGAACAGGGAUAGGGGCAGAUCCAGGGCCUCGAUCAAGGUCUGGGUCUGCAGUGUGUAUCAGUCGACAGGAGAGCUCUGACAUCUGGAGCCUACGAGCCUCUCUGGAGCAGUAUGCCUCUUCGGACCAGAGCAGCACGGACAGAGAGUCCAUACGCAGCGACGUCGACAGCGUGUGUUCGGUAGGAGGAGCAGCAGGCCAGUCCAGCUUCACUGCCUGCCACUCCCAGGACAUUGGCGAUGAACUGGAGGGAGAAUGGGAGCAUGGGGACACGGAAAGGGAGGGGGGAGACAGAAGACAGAAGGAGACAGAGGCGGAAGCAGAAUACAGGGACACUGGAAGAAAGAUGGUUAACAGGGGGGUUCAGAGGAGAGAUAGUGAGGGGGGAGGAGGAGGAGAGACUGAAGCAGGGAGCUGGAAGCUUCUGCAGAUGGACAGCGGGUACACGUCCAUUGAGGCUCCAAUACGGGCCCCUGAGGAGCUCAGGCUGUUUGGGGCCCCUGGAGGCCCCCGGGGGAAGACAGCGUCCGAGAAAAGGCUCUUCUUCACUAGCUCUGGGAGGAAGGACUCCGUCAGUGAGAACCUAGAGGCCAAGGUGUUCCAAGAGGAGCAGGAGGAUGAGAUGCGAGAGGGUACUGAGGUGGAAGAGAAACGUGUAAAGAGGUCCCCAAUGUCCCCUAAUGGAGGACAGAUGCUUACCCUCAAAGAACCACCACAAUCAUUAUCACCGCUAAAAUCGCUACAACUGCAACAACCGCCGCUACAUUCGCCCCAACCCGUGCCCUCGCCUCGGCCCGUACGCCUACGUCGACGUGACUACAGCAUCGACAAGAAAACGGACGCCCUGUUCAAUGAGUUCCUGCGUCAUGAUACCCGCUUCGACCAGCAGGGGUCGCCGCUGCACUCCCGGUACCGCUCGUGCAUCCACCUCCGCAAACAGUGGCAGCGCCACAAGCAGUACAGCGACCCGGGGUCUGGGGGGCGUUACUCGCUCUCACUGGAGAGGCAGAAUUUCAGACCCCUACAGAGGGGUGAUAGUGCAGGAUAUCCUCUGGACACAAGGUACCACAGCACGCUGUUACGUAUUGCCAGCGCAGCCAACGAGGAGGCCAAUGAAGGGGCGGCUAGUGAGGGAGCAACCAAUGAGGGUGCGGCGCAUGAGAGCACAGACGUUAAGGAGUCAAUCAAUAAGGGUACAGGAAAUGAGACUGUAGCCAAUGUUGACGCAGCUAGUCGGUCAUCUGACACACUGAGGGCUGAGUCCAGCGGGAUGGACCCGAGGGUGGACAAUUACAACAAAAACAGUAGCCAAGCCAUGAGUCUAUCAGAGAGUUACUCCUCUGCCCCUACCCCUGUGGCUCUCCCUGAGCCCCUGAAAGACUCCAUAGAUCCCCCCACUCUCCACAUUGAGGACCCUGAAUCCCCAGGCUUAAACCCCCAGCCACAACCCCAGGCUCCAUCCCCCAGCAUCUCUGAUAAGCUGUCUGUGACCAUGGAGGACAGGCUCUUCACUGGGCUGUGGAGGACAGGGCAGGGCCAGGGAGGACAAGAGUAUGUGGUGGGAGCCAUCUCCCUCUCCUCUUCCCCUGAGCCCUCCAGCCCUGUGUAGCCAGGCUGACCUUUCACUCCUCCAGUUAGCUUCAUCCCACUGGGCACAUACUGGUUGAAUCAAUGUUGUUUCCACUUCAAUUCAAUUACAUUGAACCAACGUGGAAUAGGCAUUGAAUAAACGUCUGUGCCCAGUGGGAUGGCAUCUCAGUUCAGGUCAAUCAAUGGAUAAUUUUGGUAUAUUUUACUGUAUAGCAUUAAAGAAACAAAAUACCUUCCCAGGUGUGAGUGAACCCCCCUUCUCUCUGGCUUUGAAUGCUUCUUCAUGGCUGACCUCACUUCUUGUAAAGCUACAGGCUCCCUGACUCAAAUUCAAUCAUAUUGUAUUUGUCACAUGCGCUGAAUACUAGUGUGAAAGUGUGUGUGUGGUGUCGGUAUGAGGUGUAUGUGUGGGUUUGUGUGAGCGUUAGAGUAGUGUGUGUGAGUGAGUGAGUGAGUGGGUAUAGUCUUGUGAGUGUGCAUAGAGUCAGUGCAAGAUAGGGUCAAUGCAGAUAGUCUGGGUAGCAUUUGAUUAAAUAUGUUGCAGUCUUAUGGCUUGUGCGUAAAAGCUGCCUCGGAACCUGUUUGUCCGAGAGUUGAUCCUCCGGUACCAUUUGCCAGACGGGAGCAGAGUGAACAGUCUUUGGCUUGAGUGACUGGUCUUUGGCAAUUUCUCUGGCCUUCCUCUGACACCACCUGAUGUAGAGGUCCUGGAUGGCAGGGAGGUCGGCUCCAGUGAUGUACUGGGCCAUCCACACAACCCUCUGUAGAGUUUUGAGGUUGAGGGCGGUGCAGUUGCCAUACCAAGCGGUGAUGCAGCCAGUCAGGAUGCUCUCAAUGGUGCAGCUGUAGAAUUUUUUGAGGAUCUGAGGGCCCAUGCCAAAUCAUUUCAGCCUCCUGAGGGGGAAGAGGCAUUGUCGUGCCUUGUUCACGACUGUGCGUGUGUGUGUGGACAGUGUAAAGUCCUUAGUGAUGUGGACAACGAGGAACUUGAAGCUCUUGAACCACUCCACUGCAGCCCUGUCGAUGUGGAUGGUGGCUUGUUCUUCCCUCUUUCUCCUAUAGUCCACGAUCAGCUCCCUUGCUCUUGCACAACACAGCCAGGUCUCUGACCUCCUCCCUGUAGGCUGUUCUCAUCGCCGUCCAUAAACAGGCUUACUGCCGUCGUGUCGUCAGCAAACUGGAUAAUGGUGUUGGAGUCGUGCGUGGCCACACAGUCGUGGGUGAACAAGGAGAACAGGAGGGGUUUAAGCACACACCCCUGAGGGGCCCACUGUUUUGACGGUCAGCGUGGCAGAGGGGCUGUUUCCUACCCUCACCACCUGAGGCUGGCCCAUCACGAAGUCAAGGAUCCAGUUGCAGAGGGAGGUGUUCAGUCCCAGGGUCCUGAGCUUGGUGAUGAGUUUGGAGGGCACUAUGGUAUUGAAUGCUGAGCUGUAGUCUAUGAACAGCAUUCUCACAUAGUUAUUUAUUUUCUUGUCCAGGUGGGAGAAAGCAGGGUGAAGUGCAAUUGAGAUUGUGUCAUCUGCUGGGUUGGAGAGUAACGGAUUACAUUUAAACUUUUGAUAGACUUAUCAAUCUGUAGUUGCUACAUAUAUUUUUGGACUUAUAAAUUAUAUAAUGUAAAGAUAUAAUUGAAUCAUAUUAUUAUAUGUAGUAGAAAGCAUUGUAUUAGAAGAAGCCCACAUAACCAACCCAUAAAGUAAAGUGUAACAUCCAUAUAUGGCCAGCUAUGUAAACUUUAACAUUGAUUUAUCUUGCAAUAGAUGUCGUUCAACAUUUGUCUUCUUCUAAUGCCUCUUAAGGGAAAAGUAAUCUAAAAGUAACUGAAUGUAAUUAUAUUACAUUACUGAGUUUGGGUAAUCCAAAAGUUACAUUACUGAUUACAAUUUGACAGGUAACUAGUAACUAUCGAAUUACAUUUACAAAGUAACCUACCCAACCCUGGUCAUCUUUGGAUAUUUUGGGGUGGUAUGCAAAUUGGAGUGGGUAAAGGGUGUCUGGGAUGAAAAUGUUGAUGUGUGUCAUGACCAGCCUUUCAAAGCACUUCAAGAUUCAAAGCACUUCAAGAUUACAGAUGUGAGUGCUACGUGACGAUAGUCAUUUAGGCAGGUUAUCUUGGAGUUCUUGGGAACAAUGACAAUGGUGGUCAGCUUGAAACGUGUUGGGAUUACGGACAGGGCCAAGGCGAGAUUGAAAAUGUCUGUAAAGACACUUGCCAGCUGGUCUGUAUAUGCUCUGAGAAUGCGCCCUGGUAUUCCAUCUAGCCCGGCGGCCUUAACCUGUUUAAAAGUCUUACUCACAUCAGCCACGGAAAGCAUGAUCACACAGUUGUCUGGAACAGCAGGGGCAGCUAUCAUGCAUGGCUCAGUGUUGUUUUUUUCCCUUAGAGAGCACAAAAGGCAUUUAAGGCAUUUAGUUUGUUUGGGAGUUUGUCACUGGGCAACUCAAGGCUGGGUUUCCCUUUUGUAAUUCGUUAUCGUCCGCAAGCCCUGCCACAGAACAAUAAGCGUCAGAGCCACUGUAAUAGGAUUCCAUCUUCCUCUUAUAUUCUCAUUUUCUAUGUUUGAUGUGUCGUUGGAGGUCGUAGUAGAAUUUCUUGUAUACAUCCAGGUCUGUGUUCCGUUCCUUGUAUGCGAUAGCUCUAGUCUUUAGCCCAGCGGGGAUAUUGCCUGUAAUCCAUGUUUUUUUGGUUUGGAUACGUUCGCGCUGUGGAGACGAUGUCGUCGAUGCACUUAUUGAUGAAGCCUUUGACGGAUGUCGUAAACUCCUCAAUGCUAUCAGAUGAAUCCUUGAACAUAUCCCAGUCUGUACCAGAAAAAAUAGUCUUGUAGCCUCGUGUCUGUUUCAUCGGAUCACUUCUGUACUAAGCGCGACACUGGUACUUUCUGUUUCAGCUUUUGUUUGUAAACAGGAAGCAUGAGGAUAGAGUUGUGGUAUAUUUGCUGAAGGGAGGGCCUUGUAUGCACUUCUGUGGGUAGAAUAAAAGUGGUCCAGAGUUUUAGCGCUCCUUGUGGGGCAGGAGACGUGUUGGUAGAAGUGAGGUAGAUUGGAUUUCAGUCUUCCCGCAUUAAAGUCUCUGCCCAUAAGAAACAUUGCCUCUGGGUGUGCAUUUUCUAGUUUGUUUACGACUCCAUACAGUUUGUAGAGCUCCAAAGUAGUGUUGGCUUGGGGAGCGAUGUAGACAUCAGUGAUAAUUAGGGCUGGGAACUCUCUUGGUAGAUACAAAGGUCUGCGGCUUACCAUUAGGUAUUCUAUGUCAGGUUAGCAAAAGCUUGAGAAUUCCUUCACACUGGAAACAUUGCACCAGUUGUUGUUUUACAACGAGAAAGAAAAUUAUCAAAAAGAGUAGAACCAGCUCACCUGCUUGUACUCUAUGAUUUGACUAUUAGAUGUUCAAUGCUUCUUUUGGAAAAAUAAUAUUUUGCCAUAUUAAAACUAGACUGUAAAAAGGUUUACCUUAAAAUGAGUGACAGACAUAAAUGAAUCACUAAUCACAUGAAAUAAAUAAUAAUCUUUAGAAAUAACAAAAUAACUAUGACUUUACAAUGUUGGUGAACUUGGAGACAUUUGUGGAUUAAGGGCUCUAUUCAAUACGUAUCACGGAAGUUCAGCGUUACAGCUUGAUUGAAAUUUAAAGGCACUCUUUCUGUGAAAUGUCCCAUAUGUGAUGUUAUACUGUAAAUUCAUAGCUAUAUUAUUGCUAGGAGAUAAGUAUCCUUGCUUGGAGAUUAGAUAUCCUAGGGUAAGAAUAUUCAAAGAUAAAUACACAACGCAGAGGACUCAAGGUCAAGAGGGAAUUAACGAUCAAUGGAAAUAGUUGUUUUUCUGUAAUAGGGAAUUAAUGAUUUAUGGGUCAGAGACACGGGAGGAAUUUCAGUCCCGGAUGCAUAGCUACAUGUGGCAAGUUCUCAUUGGUCCGAAUUGUCUAUACAUUGAGCCUGAAACGGGAUACUUGUUAUUUGGCCGUUGGCCCAGUUUUAUUGCAAGAAAUUAUAAUUGGUCAACCACAGGCUAGGGUUGGGUUACAAAUGACAUCCUGUCGCUUUGUUCUGAGGAGAAUCAAAAAGAACAGGGAAGAAUGGACAUCGACCAUCUGCUUCCCAGCAAAACAACUACGAUUUUUGUUUUCUUUGAAUAAACCUAUUUUUCUCCCCCUGAUUUGCUUUGACGUCUGUGUUAUUGAAGAAUAACAUCAACUGCUAACACUUGGUACCGUGACCCGGAUGAAUUGGUCAUGACCAACAACAAGAAAAAACUCUUAACUGAAAAUAUCUGUGCAGUGACGCUCCCCAUCCAACCUGACAGAGCUUGAGAGGAUCUUGAGAGGAUUGGCACAGUGUUGUCUGGGUUAGGGUUUGGCCGGGAUAGGACGUCAUUGUAAAUUAUUUUGUUUUUAACUGACUCGCCCAGUUAAGUCAAAUAAAAAAACUAAACCAAAGUACUGAGUAAAGGGUCUAAAUACUUGUGAUAUUUACAGUUUUUAUUUUUAAUACAUUUGCAAAAAUGUAAAAAAAACAACUGUUUUUGCUUAGUCAUUAUGGGGUAUUGUGUGUAGAUUGAUGAGGGGAAAAAACGAAUUAAUCAAUUUUAGAAUAAGGCUGUAACGUAACAGAAUGUGGAAAAAGUCAAGGGGUCUGAAUACUUUCCGAAUGCACUGUAACUAUUUAUUAAAGUGCUCAUUCUGUG